AGGGAAAUCCGGUCGAGAGAAACAUCAGUAAUUCAGGAAACACAUUACCGUUCUUAUUAUAGCUCAGUGCACAGGACACAUCACAGCAGUGACUAUGCACACACGAAAUAAUUAUGUUUAUUAUAUAUUAUUUAAAUGGUAAAAUAUUAGGGGUUACUGAAUAAUCAUUUGAAGAUAGAUUAAAGAGGUGGCAAAGACAGGUUUAGAAACUCUGUAGUGGAGGUGUGUUUUUUGCUUCUUCAUCCCGCCCACUCCGGAAAAGUCAGCCGUCGUUAUUUGAAUUUUUUAAGGUGACGUGGUGGUCCCAUUCGAUUCAUGUGUCUUGAAAAGUACGAUACAUAUCUGGAUUUCUAGAUAACCGAAGUAGCACAAUUGAACCUAAAUGAAAUAUUAAAAAUGUUUAUCAAUAUUUAGAUUAAUCCCAGCAGGACAUUGCUGAGGAGGAGAGAGGACGCGAGUAAGUAUUAUUGGGCCUGGAAUCUGAGGAAUCCAGCGGACAGAGAGGGCUCAUGAUGGCUGAAAUGGAACAUCCUACCCAGCAAGGAGUCUGCAGGAUGAUAGGCUAUUGCAUCUUGGUCCUGUGUCUCCUACCACAGAUGACAUGGGCUACAGUGAGCUACAAGCAGGGGGAUCCCGUAACCCUAUACGUCAAUAAAGUUGGUCCUUACCAUAACCCCCAGGAAACAUAUCAUUACUACAUGUUGCCUGUUUGCAGGCCAAAAGAGGUGCACCACAAGUCCCUUAGUCUGGGAGAAGUGCUUGAUGGAGAUCGGAUGGCAGAGUCCCUGUAUGAAAUCAAAUUCAGGGAGAAUACAGAAAAAAAGUCGCUCUGCCAGCUAAGAUUAACAGAAAAAGAGGUGGACCAGCUCCGAGACGCCAUAGAGGAGCUGUAUUACUUUGAGUUUGUUCUGGAUGACAUUCCCACCUGGGGCUUUGUGGGGUACAUGGAGGAGAGUGGCUUCCUGCCUCAUAGUCAUAAGGUGGGGCUGUGGACACACCUGGACUUCAACAUCGAGUACAACGGCGACUCAGUGAUCUUCGCCAACGUCUCAGUGAAGGACUCCAAGCCAGUGCCCCUGGAGGAAGGUGGCGGUGGUGCCGGACACGGGGCGGUGGGGACAGGUGGCGGGCUGGCACUGUCCUUCACCUACAGCGUGCACUGGUUCGAGAGCCCUCUGACCCACGCCCGGCGGGCAGAGAGGCUGAGGGACUACUCGUUCUUCCCCAAGACCCUGGAGAUCCACUGGCUAUCUAUCAUCAACUCUCUGGUGCUGGUGGUGCUACUGCUGGGCUUCGUCAUCAUCAUCCUCAUGAGGGUCCUCAAGAACGACUUCGCCAGGUACAAUGUUGAGGAGGGCAGUUGUGACGAUCUGGACCAAGGGGAUAAUGGCUGGAAGAUCAUCCACACGGACGUCUUCCGGUUCCCCCCUUAUAAAAGCCUGCUGUGUGCCGUGUUGGGAGUGGGGGCUCAGUUUCUAACCCUGGCCACAGGGAUCAUCGUCAUGGCGCUGCUGGGAAUGUUUAACGUGCAUCGCCAUGGUGCCAUCAACUCGGCUGCCAUCAUGCUGUACGCGUUGACGAGCUGCGUGUCAGGAUACUGCUCCUGUAGCUUCUACACACAGAUACAUGGCCAGCGCUGGGUCUGGAAUAUCCUCCUCACCUCCUCACUCUUCUCAGCUCCCCUGUUCCUGACUUGGAGUGUGGUGAACUCAGUCCACUGGUGGAGCGGCUCCACUCAGGCCUUGCCUGCCUCCACAGUGUUGCUGCUGCUGGGGGCCUGGGUCCUGGUGGGUUUCCCUCUCACCGUCAUCGGGGGCAUCGUGGGCAAGAACCAAGCAGGCAACUUCCAGGCGCCCUGUCGCACACGCAACAUUGCCCGCCAGAUCCCCACGCAGCCCUGGUACAAGCACAUGGCCGUGCACAUGGCCAUAGGGGGCUUCCUGCCUUUCAGUGCUAUCUCAGUGGAGCUGUACUACAUCUUUGCCACCGUGUGGGGCCGUGAGCACUACACCCUGUACGGCAUCCUCCUCUGCGUGUUCGCCAUCCUCCUCUCAGUAGGCGCCUGCAUCUCGCUGGCGCUCACCUACUUCCUGCUGUCGGGCGAAGACUACCGCUGGUGGUGGCGCAGCGUGCUGUGCACGGGUUCCACGGGCCUCUUCAUCUUCGUUUACUCCGCGUUUUACUACUGCAACCGUUCUAGUAUGAGCGGCCUGGUGCAGAGCGCAGAGUUCUUUGGUUACUCUCUCCUCACAGCGAUGGUCUUCUCUCUCAUGCUGGGAACGGUCUCCUUCUGGACCUCGCUGGUCUUCAUUCGUUACAUCUACCGCAGCCUCAAGAUGGACUAAGGGAAGGGAAUGUACACAUAACGGCCCAGUUUGAAUGUCUGUUUAAGGUUGGGUUCCCCUGCUCAGACAUUGCAUGCCACAUCAUUGACUGUGCUGUCGGGCACCAGAUAACACGGAGGUGGUUAGCAGAUACGUUAAAUACCUACCCAGGCGCUGUAAGAUCUGGCGUGCGUCAGCCAAAUGUGUGUCCUGUCAUUUUGUUAUUAAGGUAGUCUGAUUGGUGGAAACAAAGUGAAAGUGUUUGCUCAGCCAAUCACAUACAGGCCAGUGAUUGCCUCAAGUGGGGAUGGAUGCAUUUGGAAAUGACUGUGAUGGGGCUGUGUACACACCUCCUGUGGGGGGGAAACAGGAUCCAGGGGCCUUCUAGAAAUAUGGAUGAAAUACAGAAUGCCAUGAAGGCUGAAACGGGCUUUAUCUUAAGGGAUCUAUAAGGGGAUGGACGUAUCCCGUGAGUAUGUGAAAGUGUGAAUGUGCCAGUGUGAUGAUGCAGCCUUGCAGUUUGGCAGAAGGAUCAGUUCUAGAAUAAUGGCAUGCCAGUGAUGGCGCAAUAUUGUGUACUAUAUAGUUGCCAUCGACUGAGUUUGGUUCCAAUGUAAAUGCAAUCUUUUCAAUAAAGACAUCUAUUACAACUUUC